AUGGAGCUGAACAAGGGGCAUGACGCGUCUGCUGACGUGGCACGUGAUGACACCAAAGAGCACGAGCAAGUCGGUACAAGAACCCCUGGACCAAGCGAGGCAAAGUGGAAAAACGACGAAGUAUCUGCGAUCCGCGGUCCAGAUUCUCCCCUCCCCCAAGAAAUCACUCCCUCCAGCUCCGAACAUGGAUCUCCUCCUAAAGACAACACUGCCGUCACCGAAAGCUCGACCGGUCUCCCACCAGCAGACCCUCUCACCCGUCAAGAUACAUCCGCAUCAGAAAAACCCUAUAGUUCCUACACACUAUGGGAAAAGCGUUUCAUAGUAUUGACUGCCACCAUGGGUGCUUUCUUUUCUCCUUUUACUGCCCAGAUCUACUUUCCUGCGCUGAAUACUCUGGCCAAGGACUUGCAUGUUAGCUCGAGUAAGAUUAACUUGACUAUGACUACUUACAUGAUUCUGCAAGCCAUAGCCCCAGCAUUUAUUGGCGGGUUCUCAGACACGGCGGGUAGGAGGCCGGCAUAUAUUAUCUGUUUUGUUAUAUACAUUGCGGCGGAUAUUGCCCUUGCAUUGCAAAACAACUACGUCGCUCUACUGAUCCUCCGUAUGGUCCAAAGUGGCGGCAGUAGCGGGACAGUCGCGCUCGCAAACGCCAUAGUAGCCGAUGUCGCCACCUCCGCCGAACGCGGUAUGUACAUCGGCAUAACCUCCCUAACCGGCAUCCUCGCCCCCUCCCUCGGGCCCAUCCUCGGCGGCAUCAUCUCGCAAUACGCAGGCUGGCAAUGGAUCUUCUGGUUCCUCGCCAUCCUAGCCGCCGUAUUUUUCAUCCCCAUGCUCCUCUUCAUGCCGGAGACCUGCCGCCUCAUCGUCGACGACGGCACGGUGCCUCCCCCGGCUUGGAACCGCUCUUACAUGAAUGUCAUUAAUGAGCGGAAGCGCGUCAAGGCCGGGCUUGGAAAGCCAGAUUAUAGCAAGAGAGAUGAGCUAGCCAAGAAGCGUGGAAAGGUGAGGUUCCCGAAUCCACUCGAGACGCUGGUCGUUGCGUUUGAGAAGGAGGGGUUUUUGGUGUUGUUCUAUGCGGGGGUUGUAUAUGCGGGCUUCUAUGCCGUAAUAUCCGGCAUGCCCUCACAAUUCAAAGACAUCUACGGUUUCAAUGACCUGAAAGUCGGGCUCAUGUAUUUGCCCAUAGCCGGAGGCUCACUACUCGCAGCAUUCGUCCAAGGAAAAAUCAUCGACUGGAGUUGGUUCCGCGAGGGGAGACGGGUGGGGAUCAAGGUCACGAAGAGCAGACAGCAGGAUCUAAGUCAUUUUCCUGUUGAGAAGGCUAGAUUGCAGGUCGCUAUACCCAUGCUGUUCCUCGCAUGCAUUUGCACUAUUAUUUAUGGUUGGAUCCUGCAUUUCCGCGUUCAUCUUGCUGGACCUUGCAUAAUCCUAUUCUUUCAGGGGUAUACGCUUAUUGCAGCUACGCAGACGAUCUCUAUUCUCAUUGUAGAUAUCAAUCCGAGUAUUGCGGGUACGGCAACGGCAGCGUUUAACUUGAUUAGGUGUUUGCUUGGGGCUGGGGCGACGGCGCUGAUUCUGCCGAUGACGCGCGCGAUGGGGUUGGGGUGGAGUUAUACACUAAUUGCUUUGAUAUAUGUGCUCUUGAGUCCGAUGUUGUUUGUGGUUAUCAGGUAUGGGCCGCGAUGGAGGGCUGAGAGGAAGGAGAGGGAUGAGAAAAAGGCGAGCGUGAAGGCUGAGAAGGCAGUGGCGAGGGGGGAGAAGGCGUAG